AUGCACACUAUAGAUUCUUUCGAGGACGCUGGCUCGUUCAGUCUCUCUUCCAAGCACGCAGUCGCCUCGUACGACAUCGACGAUGCCUUCUCCGAUACAGAGGAUCCAAUAUCCUCGUUUCACUUGAAUCCGGAAGCAAUACGAGCAGACUUGUCCAAGGCCAUAACGUCGACAUCUUGGGCGGGGCUAGAGAGCGACGACGAUGGGCUGAACUCGCAUCAUAAUGGCCUCUUCGACGCACAGGACACGUCGGUGUCCUCGCUGGACAUCAAUGGAUCUCCGCACUCUGCGUCGACUUCGUCAGAGUACCUACCAUCAAGGAGCCGGCCUGAAUCACCCGUAGAGGAACAUUUCUCCCAGAUAUCCUUGUCGAAUUCUGAAGCCAAUUCCAUCGCUCACGCGGAGUACCCCUCGGAACAAGAGGCCCCUAGCGAACCUCAGAAUGACAGUGGGUUGAAUGGCACCUCGGAUAAUCCUCAUCCACAAAUCGCGGCUUCAAACCCGAAUUCGGCACAAAAUACACCGCUCAGUUCACCGCCCAGUGAUGCUCAGAGAUUCACACCGUCACCGCCGCACACAUCACCACCAACCACACCGAUGCCAUAUAUCACACCACCAGCGUCCUUCGCCGCCUCUGCAUCGUCCUCAGUUCCAUCCCUGGCGUCACCGUCGCUACACCGACACUCUCCACGAUCCUCUGAUGUUGGCGCAGAACACUCACCACGGUCUAUUACGUCUAACGCCGUUCCGCCUUCUCCUAGCAAGCCUGAACACCACCCUACUGUUCGUCCGACGCGAUCAGCCGGGCCUAGCAUAUUUGAGAAAGUCAGAAGCAAAACUCGACCGACAUUCCUCCCUCCAAAGAGUCGUAAAGAAGACGACAAGCACCUGGCUGACUGGCAGGCCAUGAUGAGGCAAAGUAGGAUUGCGGCGGAGAAGCGUAGGAAGGCUCUGCAAGACCGGAGACUAGCUAGAGAAAAGAAAAUCGACGAGUCCAUACACAUUUGGGAGAAGGAAAUACUCCCAGACUGGAGAGUAGUUCAUAAGAAUCCUCACCUGCGCAAGCUGUGGUGGAACGGAAUACCAACUAAACUACGCGCCCACAUGUGGGAGAAAGCUGUAGGCAAUCCUCUUGCUCUGAGCAAAGAUAAUUACCGGGCUUGCUUGGCUCGGGCGAAACGAGCCCUCUCCUCGGGGACUUUCCCUUCUGAAACUCUCUCACUAAUAGAAGCGGACAUUGCCACGACGCUUCCUGCGCUCCAUAUAUUCCAUUCGGAGAUGGGGCCAUUGUACCAAGACCUAAAGGACAUGCUAUGCGCGUGGGUAGUUUCGAGAAGCGACGAAGGGCUUGGAUACACGACGGGUGUCAGCCGAGUGGCCGCUAUGUUUCUCAUCAGCAUGCCACCGCAACAAGGCUUUGUAGUUAUGCGGAACCUGUUGGAGAGACAUUGCAUGCGCAGCUUCUACGGAGGAGCAGCAACCAAAGAUGAUGUUGAAGCCUACUACAGGAUAUUUGAUACGCUCCUCGCUGACGGAAUGCCCAAAAUCUACUUCAACUUCAAGCAGCAUCAAAUAUCGCCAUCAGCCUAUUUACCUGAUUGGCUAAUACCACUCUUUCUAGAUCAUCUGCCUUUUGAAGCUUGCGCACGAAUAUGGGACGUCAUUCUGCUCGAAGGUGAUGCAUUCCUAUACCGAGCCGCGUUAGCCAUCCUAGCAGUGCUGGAGUCCAGGCUAUUCUUCCCCGACCGCAAAGAAUUGCUGGAACUGCUGAAGGGAGAGAAUAAGGCAGCACUUGACGUUGCGCAGCGAGAAGGACAACCACUGAACGGUGGUAAAUAUGAGAUAUACGGUGUAGAUGAAGAGACUUUGUGGGAAAGGAUACAGAGUAUGGAAGAUUGGUGGAAGGAGAGCACAUGGACUCGAUUGAUACAAAGGGAACUGCCGGACUUGUAA